AUGUUGCACAUCUCCGACGAGUACUUGAACACUCGGCCGGUGCAGGAGAAGUGUCGGCGGCGGACCCGGGGGACAGAUGACCGGCGAGGGGCGAGAGCGCGCACUCUCUCGAGUGCGGACGAGAGCGCUCUGGGCGAGUGUGCGUGCUCGGCGGAGACCAGCUGGGCCUUUGAGCUCGUGGCUCGUGGCUCGUGGCUCGUGGCUCGUGGCUCGUGGCGCUCAUUAGGCGCGCAGAGAUGUCUGUGCGCGCUGUCUGCGGGUCGCUGGCCUUGGCGGCCGAGGGCGGCCGAGGACAGCCGAGGACAGCCGAGGACAGCCGAGGACAGCCGAGGACAGCCGAGGGCGGCCGAGGACAGCCGAGGACAGCCGAGGACAGCCGAGGACAGCCGAGGACAGCCGAGGACAGCCGAGGACAGCCGAGGACAGCCGAGGACAGCCGAGGACAGCCGAGGACAGCCGAGGACAGCCGAGGACAGCCGAGGACAGCCGAGGACAGCCGAGGACAGCCGAGGACAGCCGAGGACAGCCGAGGACAGCCGAGGACAGCCGAGGACCGCCGAGGACAGCCGAGGACAGCCGAGGAAGGCCGAGGACAGCCGAGGACAGCCGAGGACAGCCGAGGACAGCCGAGGACAGCCGAGGAAGGCCGAGGACGGCCGAGGACAGCCGAGGACAGCCGAGGACAGCCGAGGACAGCCGAGGACAGCCGAGGACAGCCGAGGACGGCCGAGGACAGCCGAGGACAGCCGAGGACAGCCGAGGGCAGCCGAGGACGGCCGAGGACAGCCGAGGACAGCCGAGGACAGCCGAGGACAGCCGAGGACAGCCGAGGACAGCCGAGGACGGCCGAGGACAGCCGAGGGCGGCCGAGGACAGCCGAGGGCGGCCGAGGACAGCCGAGGACAGCCGAGGACAGCCGAGGACAGCCGAGGACAGCCGAGGACAGCCGAGGACAGCCGAGGACAGCCGAGGACAGCCGAGGACAGCCGAGGGCGGCCGAGGACAGCCGAGGACAGCCGAGGACAGCCGAGGACAGCCGAGGACAGCCGAGGACGGCCGAGGACAGCCGAGGACAGCCGAGGACAGCCGAAGGCGGCCGAGGACAGCCGAGGACAGCCGAGGACAGCCGAGGACAGCCGAGGACAGCCGAGGACAGCCGAGGACAGGUGGCGGGCGAAGCGAACAACUCUCCAGAGAUCGCGCCGCCAGCCGCUGAAUCGUUAG